CGCGUGUCCGUCGUCUUCUUCAGCAAGUCCGCGAGGCUCGUGACGCUCGCCAACGUCAUCGCCGAGGGCGCGCGCGCGGUGGAGGGGGCGGACGUGCGCGUGCUGCGCGUGCGAGACACGAUCCGCGGCGAGGACGACGCGUCGGCGUACGACAGAGGGAUUCUGGACUGCGCCGUGGCGACGCCCGAGGACAUACUAGAGAGCGAUUGCAUCAUCUUCGGUUCACCGACGAGACACGGUCGCAUGGCUCCAGAGAUGAGCGCGUUUUUCGACCGCCUCGCGGCGUUUCACUCAAACGGGUGCGCGUUGAAGGGGAAAAUAGGGAGCUCGUUCACCGAAGUAGGGGGCGCGGGACAAGGAUACGGCGGGCACGAAAUCUGUUUGAUGACGUUUCACUCGUUUUUCUUGCAACACGGGAUGAUUGCGGUCGGUGUGCCG